GACUCUGUGAAUGGUAUGCUUCAGUAGGGUGGUUUACGUUAAUCAAGAACUCCACGUAUAUUUAUUGGGGUAAGAAAAGCUGUCGUAUUAUAUCUAACUUAUAGUACAAAACGGGAAGUAUAGUCAAUAAUUUUCAAAUAUAUUAUUUGUAGGAAAACGUGAACGAUUCUGACCAGCACUGCAAUUCUCUGGAAUAGUUCAUUACACUACUGACCUUUAAACUGGGACAAAGAGUGAGUAGAACUUCGUCCAUGUCAGGAGCGGCCCAAGUGGAGAGACCACCCGAGGUGUCGAGCAUGUUACACUCGAGCGACCUGUUGCGACCUCGUCUACACUUAGCUUUAUCUCAACGGAAUUUUUGUUGUUCGGGGUGUUCCUCGGUUCACCCCUCUCCGCCUGUACAGAAACGGUCGCGACUGGAUUCGAUAGUGACCGUUCCGUGCCCACAUUCUGCGUCUACCGGAGAUCAGCCAACUACGAACAAUAAGAACUUGAAACGCGUGCGAAUGGUUAACGCAAACGAAGUUGCAGAUAUGUCUCGGACAGAGAUUACAAAUCACCUUUCUUCCCCUCCCCCCAUCAUCUUGGACUGUCGAUCGUUUCUUAGUUACAAUAAAAACCACAUUAGCGGUGCCAUUAAUUUGAACUGUACUGAUCGGAUCAACCAAAAACGCCUGCAACAAGGACGGGUGGCCUUAUGGGACCUGGUCAGCUCUCGUGAGGGGAAGGAACUUCUCCGGAGAAAUAUGCAAAAUGAGGUUGUGGUGUACGACGAUUCUACGACGGACAUAGAGAAGCUUCCGGUGUAUCAUCCGUUGACGUUGGUCCUCAACAUUCUUUGUGAAAAUGGAACGAAAACGGCAGUGUUAAAAGGUGGUUGGCGAGAGUUUCAGCGUUCCCAUGAAGACCUUUGUACAUCUCUGACGAAAACCAAAGUAAAGGAAAGUGGACAAUCUUUAAGUUUAGAUCAGUCUUCUGCCUCUACCAUUUUAUCACAUUCGCCCCUUGCCAGCCCUACCAUGUUGGUCAAUCCAGUUUGGAAUGAUGAUCUGGGGCAAGAAAACAUCGAUAACGCGCAGCUAUCAGAAGUCUUACCCUUUCUUUACCUUGGCAACGAACAGAACGCCUCAGACCAGACAACCCUCAAGAAACUAGGGAUCGGGCACGUGCUCAGUGUAAUUCUACAUAAUACCGGACACCACAGUUUGGCAGGAUUCAAGUCUAAAAGACUACCGGCUUCUGACAGUUGUCAUCAGAACCUAAAGCAGUAUUUUGAAGAGGCUUUUGCUUUCAUAGAUGAGGCCAGAUUACAAGGCUCCAAGGUCUUGGUACAUUGCCAGGCUGGAAUUUCUCGGUCUCCAACUAUCACAAUUGGAUACAUCAUGCACCAUACGCAUAUGUCUCUGGUAGAUGCCUAUCGACUGGUCAAGUCCAAACGCUCUAUCAUAUCUCCUAAUCUUAACUUCAUGGGCCAGCUUCUGGAAUUAGAACAAUCGUUGCGCCGAGACGGACCUUCCGAACCGGAUUGUAAGCCUUGUAAACAGUGCGCCAACACAAAAACUGAACCUUCGCAAGACUGUGGACCCGGAGUUUGAUUAUACAUCUUUUGGCCAGAUGUGUCAGCGUUUGGAUCAGUCUAUAUUAUCUUCUCCAUUGAGUGUGUGAGGUGUAUUCGUGGUCCAAAAUGUGAUUUUUAUCCCAAUAACGUAGGUGUCUUAUGCAUUGCAUUGAAGAGAUCACCUUCAAGUCCUCUGCUCCUCUGGAUGUGUCAGAAGUCUGUGCGAUCCAAAAAGGUUAAACCUUUUCAAAUAACUGGUCUGUUUCGUGAAAGGUCUACGUGAUCCAAACCUCUUAUUGGCUGAAUCGUUAGGAUGACAACGUAAUCCAAAGGGAUUGCGUUUUUCUGGACCGUGCCAUUAGAUGACCAAUGGAAAGGGUAAUCGUAAGAACUAUAUAUGUGGAUGCUAAAGUAUUACCACCUAAGCGUUGUGCCAUUUCUAGGCACCUUAUCUCAAGUCGUCGAUAGUAAACAUGAAGAGCGGAGUUAAUAUCCAAGCUCAGCUGCUGACCUUAAAUUACUAUGAACAACUAGUUUUGUGAUAUAAUACACAGAUACUAUCUGCUCGCAACGUGGUCUUCCUUACUAAACAGGUAGAUCUAAGUAACAGAAGAAAAAAGUGUGAGUUCUCAGUAUGGUGUCAUGAGCCUUAAUAGUGGAGAAAGUAGUCACACUUCCUGGAAAACAAGGACAUACAUUUUAUGGUCCUCGCCGUUUUAUAUAUAUGCAUGUACACUAAAGCAUCAUAUAGAAACUGAUCAUGUGACAAGUUUACCUAGUAGAAAAAAAAGCAUGAUAAACACUCUUCCUUUUCAGUAACAAAGAAAGUUCAGAUUAUAAAAGUUUAAAAUAUGUAAAUUCAUGCAAGAUGUUUUCCUGUGAGGGUUCAAGUAUAACAUUUUUAGCUUUGAGUUUUAAAGAAUAUUUAAAUUAGAUCCCUACUAAAAAUAUAUUCUGUUUAGAAACUUAAAUGUCUUUCUUUUAGUUGCAAAGAAUAGAUUUUUUAUGUAGUAGUUUUCGACUUAGAAUUAGUUUUUGAAGAACAGUAAAGUAUGUGUGUAAAUGUGCUAGAAGUGUUCUGACCGUCGGUUUAUCUGUGAUUUGUCCUGUGUUCUUGUGGCAAUCAGUUCACUUUUUUGUUAUGGAAAUGUUUUAACUUCCAUUUAAAUAUCUCGAACAAAAUAUGUAAAAUUUCUUUCAUGAACAGAAAUAAUUUUUCCGAUGUUUUGAAAGUGUAACUGUAUGAGAUAAAUUAUACGAAAUCAAAUGAUACAUAAAUUAUGUAACUUGUAGAUCCAAGCACGUUCAGUUGUUUAUUUAGCCCACCUUGUGUACAGUUAAGAGUGUAACAAUGAAAAAUCUAGUCCAAUUCAUGUGUGUUUGCGACUCUCUGAGGUAAAGAUGGACCUGUUUUGGUCCAAAGAAGAGAUGGUUUACAGUCCAUUACCUGUAGAACCCUGUUUAAUUAAGACUCGUGGCAGUAUAAACAUUGUUCAAGAUGCCUCUAAUAAUCAUAAUUAUUAUUAUUAAUCGCUAAAACAAGAUGAAUUACUAAUCUUUUAAUUAGCAAAUGAACUUUUAUUGCCUUAAACAGAAAAAGCAUUAGUGUAUUUUCAGUUUAUUCUUUAAAGAGUGAUUUCUUUCUAAAAGUAUUAGAAAAUGAGUAUAAGAUCGUAUGUAUGUGUUACAUUAUCACUAAUCAUUUAUUUAAGCUAGUUUUUUUGUGUGUGUAUGUGUAGAAUUACCUGCACACGAUUUGGCAGGACCAACAACGAAGAAGUUUCAAAUCCAAAAUACCACAAUAAAUUAAAGUACAAAUGAACGACCGUCGUCAUCUCUUUAUGUAACAGUUGUUAUUUUGGGCUAACCUAUGCUGUAGUCAAUAACAGUAUUUUUAAAAUCAAGCAGUUUAAAAUAAAGUGUUUGUAUAUUAUUCUUGA